AUCAGCGUCUCCCUAGCAUAUACCUGACAAAUAUGGAUGACAGGACGACUCGAACAAACUGUCAAAAUCAGAAACAACUGAUUCUAAAGCAGUAUUGGACAAGUACCAAAAGAAAGGAAAGAAGAAAAAAACAGGUGUGAGAUGGAAGGAAAGAGGCAAGGAAGGACGGAUGAAGAGCAAGUUCAAGGGAUGCAGGAAAGGAUCUGUCAGAUUUCCCGCCACCUCUGUAGAGGCCCUUAAACAUGUCCACAGAUGACAGCAUCUCUGAGGAUGUGUCCAGCUCAGGGCCCCGCAGCCACUGCCGGCCCAGCGGCGACGGUGGCGGCAAGGAGAGCGAGGCGUCCCCGCUGUCCUCCGAGGCCACCACGCCCUCGGGGCUGGCUGUCUCUGAGGGUAGACCUUCGGCCUCCCAGACCACAGGGGGCAGUGCGGCCUGCCAGACUGUCAAGUACACGCCGCCGUGCAGUAAGAUCAGGGGUCUUUGUAUAAGCACAGAGGAUGACGCGUUCACUUCAGGCAAGAACCUCCCGUUCAUUAACCCGAGCUCCCUCGAUACUCUCCGAGCCCUGGUGGAGGAGAUACGCAGCGGCGGCGGGACCGACCCGCAGGUCUGGAAGGAUUGCGAGGGCCGAUGGCUGCACCUGUUUCAGCUGGUGGAGAAGCAAUACCAGGAGCAAAUCCUUGCGCAGCAAGAACAGUAUCAGUGCCAAAUACAGUUAAUUCAGGACGAGAUCAAAGCGCUGGUGCAGCUCCAGAACCGGCCGCCGCAUGCAGACUUCACCCAUAGCGCUGGCAUCCAAACCAGUGAGGACACCACCAUCACCACCACUAAGGACUUCCUGUUGCCGCUCAUGGCCGGCGACUGCAUUUUCCCUGCUCGCGCGCCCAGCGAGAGCGACAGCCUGGCCGCCCCGGCUGCCCUCUCCCCGUUCAGCUCCCCCUCACCGCCUCACAGGUCAGACGGCGCCAACCCACCGGUCGAUGAGCAAGCUACCACGGGGCUCAGCAGCGGCUACGGCACGCUGUCCGCCUGGGAGACGGCGGAGAGGCAGGAGCCCCGGUGGUCGGAAGACGCCGAUGCUCCCGACGAGGAGGAGCCGCCGGCAGCCCACCAGCAGAAAACCUCGGGGUGGGUCACGCUUCUUUCAUCUGUAGUGAGUUGCAGUCGUAACCUUUUGGUAUCGUGCUAUUUGUGCAGUCAGACGCUGACCUCCUGGGCUUUGAGGCAGAAACUGCGAGCCAAGAAAACCAAGGCGAGACUAAAUUCCAGAAUCCCCGAGUACGAGGAGCUGCCACGCAGCACGGCCAAGUCUGCUCUCGGCCCAUCGGAGAGCCCAAACUCCCGACAUCCUGCCACCGCUUCGUCCUGCGCCUCUUUUGCGCUGAGGAGGAGCGACAGCCUCUCGUCUGAGGCCUCAGGCCUGACCUACUGGCGUCUGAAUGAGUGCGACCUCUAUCGCCGUCUGCCGGACGCCCUCGACCGCAGCGGCAGCGGAGCUGCUUUCUUCCUGCAAGAAACUUCCACAGAUCAGGCUGAGAACUUGUGUGUUUCUCUACGCGAGCUAUACCAGCACAAGCACAGGACGGACCUCAAACGCUCCGACUGGGAACGCUCCGAGACUUCGACUCCAUUGUCGCUGCAGCCCCUGGCAUCCCAGCCUUUCUCUACGACCCCGCUGAGUCUCGAUGGCGUCUCUGAUGAAUCCCAGGAAGUCCCGCCCACCCCGCGAAUGAAGACCGGCGAGGAGGCGGACACCACCCGUAGCCGCAGUACCACUCUGAGGCCUGGUUCUGGUUCUCUAGAAGAUCCAGUCGUCUUUUCCCUGCUGCGACGGAACCUGAGAGAGAAACACGCACAACACGUGGCUGACCUGAAGGCGUAUUACGAGUGCGAGAUUCAACUAUUGCGAGACAAGUUGAAGCUCCGAGAUCUGCCCGGAGACCUGGAGAAGAGCAACCGCAUGCUUUCAGAGAGGUGUCAGCAUCUGGAGAAAGCCUUGGCUGAAGCCAGCCGACGUAUCGACAAGCUGGAGCAGACUAACUCCACGCUGGAGAAACAGCUGGCCGAGUGGCCCGAGCGUUACGCGGUGGCGGGCGCCACCGUCAAGUCGCUGCGUCAGCGCCUGGAAGACAGCAAGCGAUCGGCCAAGGAAAAGGCAGCGGCCGUGAAGAAGGCUCGACGGCAGGUCGACGACAGCGAGGCCAAGAGGGAACGCGAAGUCCAGGCCAACAAAGAGCUCCUUGCACAAUACAACUCUGUGCUGAAGGACAACGACAAACUAAAGAACAACUUGCUGUCAACUGAAGACAAACUUUACCAAGCCAACAAUCUCACUUCAGACCUGAAAAGAACCAUUUCUAAGCUGGAGUCUCAAGUACGGCAAUUGGAGCACGAGAACCAGGCCAGGGUCCGCCACACCUACCAGCCCGCCGCCCAGCCCUCUGGAGCCGGUCUUUUCCACCAUCCUGACCUGCUGCACUCACCCAGCAGAGGCAACGCAGAGCCGGAUGUCACCCGCAGGAGGUCUCCCCGGAUGGAAGUCCAACAGCCGGCUGCUGCCACAAACUCUGGCUUCCCUUCCCAAACUUCAAUGAGGUGCACAGACCCCGACCAGACGCCAUCGACGUCCAGACUCCGGGAGGAGGGCGCCUCCCACCUGUCGCCUAUCAUGAGGGCGCUGAUGGAGAUGGAGGAGACUCGAGCCACGGAGAGCAGAGCCCCCUGGGUAGCCAAUCACAGGCCAUCGCUGGGCGGCGUUGGCGGGGCGCUCAGAAGUCAGAGGAGUUUGUCUCCGGACGGCCAUCGGUCGUCCUCGCUGCCUCCGCCAGGACUACAAAGCACCAUCGCAACCACGCCAACCAAGAGAGAGACGUUACUUGCCCCGUUGCCAGCCAAGGGCAGCCCGAAACGAUGCCCUACCGAGAACUACUCCACCGCCUUUGGUCACAUGAUGCCACGGGAGGAGCACCUCGGCAACAGGCGUGACUCACCCGUCAAUCACACGAGGCGCCACUCGUUCCACAGCGGCAGUCCCAGGACCAGGCUCCGCUUUGGAUCAGCCGAGCACCACGAGGCUGGUGUCGGCUUGGCGUCGCCCGACUAUGGCGACGCACAGCUGCCGGGUGAAGAUGGAGGAGGCAGCCCGGGAGGAUACCUGGCUUCUGACAACAAAGUUCUGUCAUUGGCGGAGGCUGAGAGGCUUUUUGAUGAGCUCACGCGGGAGAAACUCGAGAUUGAGGCAUCUCUGAGCCGCAUGCCGACGUCGGGUGGUCGAGUGAACAUGAAGACUAGGCUGGACCAGGUGGCCUUAGAGGAACGUCUGGAGCGUCUGAACCGAGACCUUGGGUCCAUCCGCAUGACGCUCAAGAGGUUCCGCAUCCUGCGCUCCUCCGGCAGCAUAGCGUAGCAGCAUGCUCAUGUUAGCAUGGCCUCGCUACCAUGUUUUUAACGUACUACCUACCACUCAGGGAUAUUUUUUAUAAAAAAUUUCUGGAAGUCUAUAUUUUUUGUACCAUACAGAUUUUUAGAUUCAAAGCGCUUGUACAUUACUAAUAGUUUUUUGACACAGCCCCAGUAUAUAUUUUUUCCAUUCUCUUGUUUACAUCAUUUACGGUGAAGGAAAUAUUUUUGUGUUACUUGACAUUCCAACUUUUGCUUGUUUUUGAUUUUUUUUUUUGCAGCAGGACCAGAACCAGCACAAUAAUCUCUGCACUCAUCACUUGUCCCUCUUUUUUUAUACUUACCCCAAACCUCCAUAUUAGCCACUUAAUAUGAUCACCAUUACGCAAUAAAUUCUGCUUAUUUUUUCUUA